AAAAAAUAGUGAACUUCAAAUUUGCAGGCCCAAUAUUAUUUGUGUACUGUAUAUAGACAAGUUUAUUAUGGUUAGCCCGAAUACCAAACAAAAGAAUAGCCAAUUGACCAGUUUUCAGGUGGGAGAAAGCUCACUAAACACUCUAUAAUGAGCUGAUUCUGAGUUCCGUUUUCUUCAAUUAUUAUCAAUGGAAGCAUCACCAAUUCUUGCCUCCUCAAAACACAACACUUUUUCUCACAGACAUUUUCACAAAUACUUUGUGCGCAAGAACUUCUCUACAAACAACCGCAUACAACCCCAAAGAAAAAAUCUUGCAAAAACACCCAAAUCCCACUUUCCUAAUUCCUUAGCAAUUCCCCUCAACAAUGUCAAUGGUAGGUUACCACCAGUCCAGUGUUCAUUUUCAAACACAACAGAAAAACACAACUGUUCUCACAGACAUUUCCACAAACACUUGGUGGGCAACAAGUCAAUUCUUGAAAAAAUACCCAAAUCCCACUUGCCUAGUAAUGUCAAUUCUUCUAGGUUUCAGUCUUUACUGCCAAUCCAAUGUUCAUUUUCAAAUACAACAGAAAAAGACACUCAAAACCCAUUAUUCAAAAGCUUAAAUGAGUUAAAUGGGGUUUCUUUGGAGUCACUAAAAACCGUUUUUUCGCAAUUGACACCGUUUAAAGUGAUCAAAUGGGGUUUGAUUUUUUCAAUUUCUAUUGCUGCUACCAAAUGGACUGUGAAUGUAUUGGUGAAUCCAUUUUUCUGGAUGUAUUUUAGUAUGACAUGGUUAUUUUGGCCAUGGUUAGUGGCUAUAAGUCUUGCAAGUUACAGUCUUUAUUGCUUAAACAAGCAUUUAAACGACGAAGCAAAUGGGUUUGAGCAAUUUGCUAUUGUUACUUCAGCUUUCACUUGGCUUACAUUAGUCCCACCUGCACAUUUCAAUGGUUUUCUUGAAGGUUGGCCUGUUGUGUUCUUUUUCGUGUACCAUUAUUUCUUUUUCUUGAAUGUGAGUAUUCGAAAACGAAUGUACGGUGAUUACAACCCGAGAGAGCAUGAUCCGAAAUGGGAUAUUAGUCUGCCCAACUGGAAGAAGCUGUUGUUUUGUGUUGGAGUUAUGGUUGGUCAUUGGCUUGCGGCGUUUGAAGGGCCGGAGCUGCAUCUUAUACCCGGUGGAUGGAACAAUUUCGGUAUUUGGGGUUUGAUUUUGAUGACGUUGUUUAUGCAGUAUCAUUCGACGUUGUAUUUAGCCAAGUAUUCGGAGAAGGUGGUUGUGCCUACUGCUGUCGUACAAUUUGGUCCGUAUCGGUUCGUUCGCCAUCCUAUUUAUGCUUCGACUAUGCUCUUGUUUGUUGCUUAUUGUGUUGCACUUAGGGCGCCUUUGAGUGCUCUUUUCAUUGCUGUCGUUUGCUCCAUGUAUUAUGGGAAUAAAGCUAGGUUAGAGGAAAGUUUGAUGGUGGAGAACUUUGGUGAGAGAUAUAUGGAGUAUGCAAGUAGAGUUAAAUACAAGCUUAUUCCUUUUGUUUAUUAGUGCAAGUUGUUGCGAGUUAUGUAAUGCGGAAAAGAGAAUGACAAUAUGAACACCUAAAUCAGAUAUUGUUCUGUUGUUUCAAAUGUAUUUCCCCUUUUGUUGUU